CCCCACAUGCAGACUUCAGUCUGCUGUCGACGGUCGUGUGGUUCAGAAUAUUCUUUUUGAGCUGUAUGAAUGCGGCAUCACCGCCGGAUUUAACCGGAAGCGCGUAUUAACCAUAUCAUAAAGUGAGUAGCACUGAGAGCAGACGGGAAAAACCGAUUCAUAUCACGUGCAUAAUCAGGAGUGUACCAACAGUGUCGCUGGUGUAAACGACCGUAUAUAAUUGAUCAACUUCCGGGCAAUUAUGACUGUUUCCGAGUUUGAUUGAAGACAAACAGAGUGGUUUAUUGUUUGCUGCUUUGAAGAACGCGUGAUGUUUGAUAGCAUCAGUAGCAGCAUAAUCAAGUGAAUAAUUAGUAGUUCAUUCAAGGCAUCCCAAAGGCCCUUUGAUUGAGUGAUUGUGUGUUCUGAGAAUAAGAAGCGGCUCGAAUUUAACUGGCCACACGAGUGAGGCGUUGUUCAAAUAAGGAUAAGUGCGUGAGUGCGGCAACAAGCGCCGGCGGUGAGCGUGAUUGGAGUAGAGAAAAACAUGAAGUCAACAAGGCAAAUUAUGCUAUCGGCGGGGAUAAUCGUCACUUUGAUGCUGCUAGCGUGGCCUCAACUCACGACCGCAAACGACAGCCAGAAUCUCAACCGUCUGCUCAACAAUCAGGUCAUCGUUAGUCGGCAGAUAAUGUGCGUGCUGGAGAAGAGCCCCUGUGAUCAGCUGGGACGGCAAUUGAAAGCUGCCCUUCCCGAAGUGAUACAACGGAACUGUCGCAACUGUUCGCCCCAGCAGGCCCAGAACGCCCAGAAGCUGACCAACUUCCUGCAGACCCGCUAUCCGGAGGUGUGGGCGAUGUUGAUACGUAAAUAUGGUGCCGUUUAAAAUGGGGGAACGCAUCGCGCGUGGAGUGUCCUGUCCGCCACCAUCUUACAACCGGUUCGAUUCGGGUCAAUUCUUCACCCUGCUAAGGCGAGGUCACAACGAAUAUCUGUGAGGUGUGUGUGUUUUACUUUUGUUGCUCAGUGAAAUGAAGACAAAAAUACAAUAAAUGUUGGAAACGUGGCUAUUCUAGCAACGGAAGUUGUGUAGGGAAUAAGCAAAUAGAAACCGAAUUGUUAUGUGAUAGAACCAUAUCCCACAUCGAGUAUCGUAAACAUUGAAAUCUAAAAACACUAAUAAAGAAUCACUUUCGUUGCCAUAUCAUUUUAUGAUUAAAUAGUGUUUACAUAAGUUAUCGUAACAUGUUUAGCUUUGGAUCAAAGGCAGCUCAUAGUGAGAGGAUCCUGUCGAGCUUUGAUGGAGAGAAUAAGAUAUUCGAAAUAAACUUAAGUUUUUGAAGAGCUACGAACAAAGAUAUCAGAAAAUGUUUUACUCAGCAACAAUAAAGCGAUAAGAA